AUGCGUUACACAUCUUUAACAGAGUUUGUCCGUCUGUCUGGUGGAACCAGGGUGAUAGAAAAGAUCUUGAUAGCCAAUAAUGGGAUUGCGGCUGUCAAAUGUAUGCGAUCUUUACGGAAAUGGGCUUACGCAACAUUUCUCGAUUCAGAAGCGUUGGUAUUUGUCUGCAUGGCAACUCCAGAAGAUGUUCAAGCGAACGCAGAAUACAUCAAAAUGGCGAACAAGACGGUCAUGGUCCCUGGUGGUUCCAAUCCAAACAACUAUGCCAACGUGGAAUUGAUCUUGCAAACGGCUGUGACUAAUGAGGUUGACGCAGUUUGGGCUGGAUGGGGCCACGCAUCAGAAAAUCCCCAACUACCUGAAGUUCUGUCCAAACAUAACAUAGCGUUUCUUGGACCCUCACAUUAUGCGAUGUGGGCGCUCGGUGAUAAAGUCGCAUCCACAAUACUGGCACAAAGCGCGGACGUUCCAACGCUUCCUUGGAGCGGUUCAAAUCUCCGUGUCCCUCUGACUCCCAGACAAUCUCCUCAGUCGUCGGCUUUGUUAACGGAGCUCUCAUUACCCAACGAGAAGUCGCCCCUUCCGUUGAAAACCCGUGUGACUUAUACUGACGGUCGUAUAGGCCAAACUACGGAACCCUGUUUUUACUUGGGUCAACCUCCCCACACUCACACCCUACCGACUCAUUCGCACACGAAUGUGACGCCAUUGUUGGUCACUCCAACGAGUCUGUUAUCAGAAGAUCUCUACAGCAGAGCCUGCGUCUCCGAUGUGGCCGGAUGUCAAGCAUGUGCGGAAUUAAUCGGCUAUCCUGUCAUGAUCAAGGCGGCUGAGGGUGGCGGUGGAAAGGGUAUCCGGAAGGCAUCAACUGCCGCUGAGGUUGUUCGUUUCUUCCCUCAGGUUCAAAGUGAAGUUCCAGGUUCGCCUAUUUUUGUGAUGAAGUGUGCACAGCGGUCACGUCACCUUGAGGUUCAACUACUGGCUGAUCAAUAUGGGCAAGCCAUAAGUCUGUUUGGUCGUGAUUGUUCGGUACAAAGGCGACAUCAAAAAAUAAUCGAGGAGGCUCCGAUCGUGGUCGCUCCCAAAGAGGCUAUCGAGGCUAUGGAACGAGCUGCUGUUAGGCUUGCCAAGCUGGUAGGCUACGUGAGCGCGGGAACAGUUGAGUACUUGUACGAUUCUGAUUCAAACCAGUUCUUUUUCCUGGAACUCAACCCACGGCUCCAGGUUGAACAUCCGUGUACGGAAGUGGUUGCUGAGGUCAAUCUUCCUGCAUGCCAACUUCAGAUUGCUAUGGGGAUUCCCUUACGUCAGAUUAAAGAUAUACGUGAAUUGUACCGUUUGCCAGUCAAUUCUGAUGAGCCUGUUUGCUUCGAACAUAUUGAGCAUUUGCGACGCCCACCGAGCUGUCAUGUGAUUGCCGCCCGUAUCACCAGCGAAGAUCCGGACGAGGGUUUCAAGCCUCGACCAGGUGAUGUACAGGAGUUAAAUUUCAAGAGUAGCCAGUCUGUUUGGGGCUAUUUCAGUGUGGGAAGCGCUGGCGGAAUCCAUGAAUUCGCUGAUUCCCAGUUUGGGCAUUGUUUUUCGGCUGCCGAAAGUCGUGAACAAGCCAGAGAGAAUCUGGUGCUUGCGCUUAAAGAAUUGUCAAUUCGUGGGGACUUCCGUACUACUGUGGAAUACUUGAUCAAAGUGAUGGAAUCCGAGGAGUUCAUGAACCACGAAAUCGAUACUGAUUGGCUGGACUUCCGGAUUGCAAAGAAAGAUCAAGUAGAAAAGCCGGACGUACUUCUUGGUGUAGUCUGUACGGCCCUGCACAUAGCAGACCGACACUUCAGACAAAUGAUGCGUAACUAUGAACUGCAUUUAGAGCGCGGACAGUUUUUGCCUUCGAACACGCUGACAAACAGCGUUGAUGUUAGCCUCCUAUCAGACAGCACAAAGUAUGAGGUCAAGGUGAUACGAACCGGACCAUCCACCCUUCACCUGAUCUCAAACGGUAGCCUCCUAUCCGUUGAAGUACAUCGGAUGUCGUCAGAUGGCUUACUUGUGUGUCACGAGCUAGCCAGUUACAUGACCUAUUGUCAUGAAGAUGCAGAAGGAUAUAGAACGGUGAUCAACAACCGUAGCGUCACAUUUUUCAAGGAAAGCGAUCCAUCUGUGCUUCGUUCGCAUUCGACCGGGAAACUGCUCCAGUUCACUGUUUUAGAUGGGGCACACGUCUCUGCGAACGAGAUCUAUGCUUUGGUCGAAGUGAUGAAAUUGGUUUUGGAGUUACGCGUCCCUGCAGCUGGACGGAUCACACUGAAACGGCUCCCUGGAUCGACACUUGAACCUGGUACUGAAUUGGCUUCGUUGCAGUUGGACGACCCAACCCAGAUGAAAUGUGUGCAGCUCUACACUGGACCUCUCAUUCUUCCGUGUGGGUCCGGUUCCAGCAAUUCCCUUGCCCGAAGAAUGACGAUCCAAGGUGACUUGGGGAUAAAUUUUAACUCAUUUAACUGUGUGGACUCCACAGUCGCUGCAAAAGCAAAGCGCGGUUCAACAGACUCAGCUUUACCAUCGAACCGUUCAUCCGAAAGCCGGUCCUCGAGUCAGUCACCCGCUAUGCUAUCGGGUUUACCCUCUGGGAAAUUGCAUAUCCGCUUUUCCAAUAUAUUCGCCUCGUUGGAACAGGUACUGCUGGGAUACGCACUUCCUGAACCGUUUCUGACUUCGUGGCUCAAUCAGAGUUUGGAUCAGUUGAUGAGCUUGUUGCAUGACCCUCGGUUGCCGUUAUUAGAACUGCAGGAUACAGUAGCCCAUCUCGCUGGUAGGUUGCCCCCGCAAAUGGAGCGCGAAUUGCGGGCACAAGUGAAGCUUUAUGCCGGUCAGGUUACUUCCGUUAUGGCCAAUUUUCCGUCCAACCAGAUCAGGCAUAUUGUGGAAAGCCAAAUGAAUCGCUUACGUCGGGCACUUGGCCCAAAAACAUCGGAUACACACGGUAAAGCAACACAACACCCCGAACUGCUGAAAUUUGAACAGACUGUUCAACGACUGACUGAUCUUGCGGACCGGUAUCAGAACGGUCUCCGCGGUCACGCCAUUUACAUCCUUGCGCAGCUGCUACUGGGUUACGUCGUUGUAGAAAAACACUUUCAAUAUGGUCAAUAUGACAAGUGCAUCCGGCUUUUGUUGUCCCAGUGUGCCAGCAGCACAGUUUGGGCAAAUGAGUCUGCUAUUGCUAGUGGUUCGGGAGAUGGUCUGGAUUGUGAAGAGCCUGACGAAAGCCAUACGCCUUAUCGAGUUUCGCCUAACUCCGUCGCACCCGCAUUGAGGGCUUUGAUACAACCCCGUACGUUUUCUGAUGUAAUGGCCGUGCUCUUUUCACAUCGGCAGUUGUCCGCUAAAAACGUCCUAUUAGUCCGGUUGAUCGAUCUUUUACGUGAUAAGCGCGAACUGAGCACUGCUUAUGAUCUGAAGGGCAGCCUCAAAGCACUCACGGAACUCGGUGCUGUGGGGAACGCCAAGGUCGCGCUUUCCGCUCGUCAGCUGCUGAUUUCGCUUCAAACACCGUCUUACGAGCUCAGACGAAACCAGGCAGAAUCGAUCUUCCUCUCCGCUGUUGAUGUGUAUGGCCACCAGUUUCAUCCAGAGAACCUGCGUAGGUUAAUUGAAUCGGAAACGGUCGUGUUUGACAUAUUGUCAGACUUCUUCUAUCACCCAAACCCCGCAGUCGCUGGGGCGGCUUUGGAGGUCUAUGUUCGCCGCGCCUAUACAACCUACGAGUUGACUAGUGUUCAGCACGUUCAGUUGCCCAACGGUGCAUCGUUUGUCCCCUUCCGAUUUACUCUGCCCACGGCCCAGUGUUUAGCAAACACCCGAGACAGUCAAACCACCGAGUGCCUUUCGUCUUCCAUAAAGGCUGUUUCUACCGAUGGCGUCUUAUUCCCCGCUGAUUUGUAUGCUGCGGGGGAUCUGGCCAGCAAUUUUAGUGUUCCUGCCGUCAGUUUGGCGGAUCAAAUUCACCCAAGUUGUUAUGUUUGGGGCAAUGUUUCGUCUGAUUCUUCUUUACGGCUGCCGCAGGCAGCAGUCUCCCGGAGUCUGGCUGAUGUAGACACCGCCUCAAUGAUGGGUGAACGAAUGGGUGGAAUGGCCGCAUUCAACUCAUUGUCAGACCUUGAAGAAUCGUUCGCCGAUAUCAUUAACUUGUUCAUGGACGCUUGUUCGGAGGCAAAGACAAUGCAGGGCUCAUUCUCAGAACCGUCAUUGUUCAACUUCGGUCGCGUUCAUUUCCCCAACUCUGAUAAUGGCCCAUCUCAGGAGUCCACCUAUCGAUGCCCACCUAUGGUUGUCUUCCAAGAUCCACCUUAUCAAACGACUAACCCAGAGGAGGAACCUAUUCACAUUCUUAAUAUUGCCAUACGACAUUCUGCAGUAUGGAGCGACAACUGCUCACCCUCAGAAAGUCCGUUGUUUCACAGUGGGGAAUUUUUCCGAAAUACGGAUACUGGAGCGGCACACAUUUCCAGUGGACCAACGGAAGCUGACGAUGUAGCCCAAUUGGAGUCCUUUUGUUCGAAACAUCAUGAACAACUUCGCUUUGCAGGAAUCAGGCGAAUCACUUUUCUGAUAGUAAAGACCAGAGAAUUUCCAAAGUGCUACACUUUCAGAGCUCGAGAUAAUUACCGCGAAGAUAGAGUCUAUCGGCAUCUCGAACCGGCUUUGGCAUUUCAGUUGGAAUUAAACCGAAUGCGGAAAUACGAACUUGAAGGGCUGCCUUCGUGGAAUCGUCGCAUGCAUUUGUACCUGGCUAAAAGUAAAGUUGGGGCUGGAAAAUCAGCCGUGGAUUACCGAUUCUUUGUCCGGUGUAUCGUCCGUCAUGCGGAUAUGCUUUCUCGUGAGGCAUCUUUCGAGUUUCUUCAGUCUGAAGCCGAACGCACUCUACUAGAGGCCAUGGACGCGUUAGAACUGGCUUACACGCAUCCGGAUGCUGUUCAUACAAUGGGAAAUCAUAUCUUUCUCAACAUUGCACCUAUUCUCUUUUUGGAAGACAUAAAUCUCUUGAAAACCACAAUCCGAAGGACUGUCUUACGAUACGCUCGCCGAUUCAUUCGACUGCGGGUUACGCAGGCUGAAUUAAAGUUACGUAUUCGGCUACAACCAUCAGAGCCACCUAUCCCCCUUCGAGUUAUGCUGAACGAUCGCCAAGGCUAUAAUCUAGCUUUAGAUAUCUACCGAGAGGUCUAUGAUCCCUCUACUGGUGAGGUGCUUCUCUGGUCUUUGGGUCCACCUCGAGGCCCCUUACAUGGAGAACCUGCUCUCUUACCUCACAAAAACAAGGAUUAUCUUCAAUUGAAGAGAUUCCAGGCCCGUAAAUUUAACACGACCUAUGUUUACGACUACCCGAAAUUGAUUGAGCAAGCACUUUUGGACCUAUGGAGGACAUACCGACCCGAUCAAGAUAAGCAAGAAAUGCUUGUUGGAGACCCUCACUCACCAGGCGCCGCUUUGCAAAGCGAGAAUGUCAGUAAACCUCCAAUUAACGGUUCUUCUACCCAUCAGAGUUCUUCACAAACCAACUACCCGAAUACCUAUUUGGGCGGUGAGACAGAAGACCCUGUGGUAAUCUCCUGCACCGAACUGGCCCUGGAGAAAGAUGGCCAAUUGCAUCCAGUAGUUCGUAACCCAGGUUCUAAUGCAAUUGGUAUUGUCGUAUGGCAUAUGGUUCUCCGAACUCCAGACACCCCAUCAGGCCGCGCUAUUAUCGUGAUUGCAAACGAUGCGACUCACAUGGCUGGUUCAUUUGGUCCUGCAGAGGAUCUUACGUUGCAUCGUGCCAGUCGUUUGGCUCGUCAACUCGGUAUUCCUCGCAUUUAUCUGGCGUCAAACACCGGUGCGCGAAUACGCGUAGCAGAAGAAGUGAAAGAAGUAUUCCGAGUUGCGUGGCUCGAUCCAGCACAUCCGGAAAAAGGUUAUGCCUACCUGUAUCUUACCCCUGAAGACUUCGAUCGUUUGAGGGCAUAUGAAGCCGUAAAUUGCGAGAAAAUUACGGCUGGUGACGAAGUCAGAUACAAGAUUGUGGACAUAGUAGGUAAGGACUACGAUAUGUCGGUGGAAAAUCUGCGAGGUUCGGCCAUGAUUGCAGGAGAAACCUCAGUUGCUUAUGAUGAUAUUUUCACCCUAACCAUUGUCACCAACCGUGCAAUAGGAAUCGGUGCAUACCUUGCACGUCUCGGUCAACGGGUAAUCCAGGUGAAAAACUCGCACAUCAUCCUCACUGGUGCAAUGGCUCUGAACAAAUUACUUGGUCGCGAUGUGUACACUAGCAAUAGCCAACUUGGAGGAGUACAGGUUAUGGCCAAUAAUGGUGUGUCUCAUUUGGUCGCUUCGGAUGAACUGAUGGCCCUAGAGUACGCCUUGGAUUGGCUCGCCUGCACUCCAGUACAACGCGGCCAGCUAGUUCCAGUCCUCUAUCGUCCUGUGCCGUUCCAGCAACUCUAUCCAAGUGGACCGGUUUCCUCUGAAUCUGUUCCUUGGUACAUUUCGUGUAGCAACAGGGAUGUUAUACCUUUUGAUCCCAUCGAUCGCACUGUGGAUUACAUUCCUUCCAAAGACCGCCAAAAUGAUGACCCUCGCUGGAUGUUCACUGGAGUGAUGGCCUCUCAACUGAAACUCGCUGACGAAUCCUUAUCCGUAAAAAAGUCGACAGGUUCCAUUGAUAGCGUUGAAAGUACAACAAACUCGGACCGCUGGCUUUCCGGUUUCUUCGAUUGGGGUACUUGGCGUGAAACAUUGGCGUCCUGGGCUGCUGGUGUUGUGGUGGGUCGCGCUCGUUUGGGCGGUAUUCCUUGUGGUACUGUGACUGCAGAGACCAGAUCGGUUGUUUGUCGAGUUCCAGCUGACCCGGCCAACCUGUCCAGUGAAGCGCAGGUAGUAAACCAAGCAGGACAAGUAUGGUAUCCGGAUUCAGCCUAUAAGACCGCUCAAGCUAUCGAGGAUCUAGCUCGCGAACGGUUACCAUUGUUCGUAUUUGCAAGCUGGCGAGGAUUCUCUGGUGGGAUGAAGGAUAUGUACGAUCAGGUCCUCAAAUUCGGAUCAAUGAUUAUCGAUGCGCUUCGUCGCUAUCCGGAACCGGUUUUCGUCUACUUACCUCCACAUUCGCAGUUACGCGGAGGUGCCUGGGUUGUCGUAGAUCCGGCUAUCAAUCCGGACCGAAUGGAGAUGUACGCCGACCCUCAGAGUUGCCGUGCGGGUGUCCUCGAACCGGAGGGGACAGUUGAAAUUAAGUACCGGAGAGCAGAUAUGAUAAAAACGAUGCAUCGGUUAGAUGGCCGAUGUCGUCGGUUACUAGAGGAGAUUGACCGAUUGCAGUCGGGUGGACCAGGUGGCGUGGAAUCCAGCCUUCCAGUGAAGGAUCAUAUUUUCCAGCUAAAGGCUGAGCUGGAGGCACGACAAAAGGAGUUACGACCAUAUUAUCACCAAGUUGCUUGUACAUUUGCUGAUUUACAUGACACUCCCGGUCGACUGCUAUCUCGGGGACUAAUUAAUGGUUUGGUCGAGUGGCCCAAGAGUCGUACGUUUUUCUUCGGUCGUCUCCGUCGCAGGCUACUCGAGUUGAACGCUGUGCGUCGGAUCAGUGCUGUUUCCCAACUCAACAAGAAUGCACACCAGGAGAGCGAGCCUGUUGUCCGUUACUUCCAGAAGUCCACCCUUACAUCCCAUCACCUUACACAGGCCAUUUCGCGGGCAGCCACGAAGGACUUCAACCGACCCGCAGAUGGUGGUGGAGAUGAAUCUGUUGACCCGCACAUUCCCCGCAUCCGAUUCGCAAUGGCACCUUUACGGGUGCUUCUUCCGGAGUGUCCACCAUCCAGUCCAAUUCAGUCGGACAACUCCGUUCAAGCACAACCGGAUGCUGACGAUGGGCCCGCUGUCUCAGUGGUAUCGAAUAACAAUCUGGCACAAGAAGUCGCCAAAUCGGUCCCAAGAAUUGCUGUGAAUCAUAGCGCCGACUUCGCCUACGGUCUGUCGUGUUUGCGACAGUGUUUCAUCGAAGACUACCUUGCAUCUUCUUCGAAAAGUAACGAAAAGUUAAAUGGACUAGGUCAGGAUUCAGCUGGUCACAUUCCGCGUCCACGAGUUGCUCGCGAGCCUAAUCAAAUGCACACAGACGGGAGUGAAAUUGGAUUGAAAUCCAAAAGAAAGUCGCAUAAAUCCAUGGGUGCAAAACAUGUUUCAAAGUCAGAGCUGCGAGCUGGGCACGUUUCAAUUGAGGCAUCGCCCUCCUUCAAGUUGGAUCAUUGUACUAGUUCUCCGAAUAAACCGUUGAAACCAAAUCAAGUCUGGGAAAAAGACGACAUGGCCGUUGGCAACUGGCUGUCCGUACAGCUUGGGGCUAUAGCAUUUCAGCGUGUACCGACUGUGGGAAUUCUGGAUAUCCCAUCUGUAAUAGAGCAGGAAAACAACACCUCCGAACUGCCUUCUUGUUCUCUUGUACGUAGAAAAAUAGAAGAACUUGAGACAAAUGCCAUCCUGGAGCGACUGCGAAGCUUUCUGUGCAAUACGGAUCGAACGACAGAGCAGUUGGGUGCUCUGUUAACGGAAUCCCUCGAUGCUACGCAGCGCGCCCGUCUCGUGCACUUGUUAUCAUCAGACGGAGGGAUCGACCGAAAUGACGAAGAACACGAACAUACAUAGCUAAUUGAGCCACUUGGAAUCGCUUUACCACCACUUCAGUUCUCAUGACCCAGGGCACUCGGUGUUGUGGUUGAAGGUUUCACUAGCCACUUUGAGUUCCUUUGUUUCUAUAUAUUCGUGAACAUACACACACGCCAAAUUGCACAUUUCCCUUAGUUGCCGAUUGGCAUUUCUAAUGGCGUUGUAUUUUCCUCUCGUAGAUCCUCUACCCACGAUGACUUUCCACUCCUUUUCAUCCAGUGAUUUCUAACACUACAG